AUGGAGACGCAGGAGGAUAGCAUCGACAUCGCGAAGCUGCAACGCGAAUCUGCAACUUCGCAGCUCCAAUUUCAUGGCCUGGGGACAGUUGCAAAUCUCAACUGUCACCCGGAAGCCCAUAAAAAGUCGCCGUUUUCCUCUCCCGCUCACGAGAAGGCUCGAUUAUCCCCGACGCCGUCGUCGCCUUCACAGUCAUCCUCGCGAUCACAUAAUGCCACAACUUCGAUGAACACGAACGCAGCAUUCAAAGCCAACUCCACAAACCCUUCUACGGCCCCAGUGCCUCCGUCUACGAAAAUGCCUUCAGUCGAUGCCGUCCCUUCGGACACGCAGGUCGUCUCCCAGUCGGUUUACGAUGAAAUAAUAAGGAAGAACCAGGAAGCUGCGGGCAACGCUCAGGAGAGCAAUUUGGGUGAUCAGGCAACGCUUAUGACCCUUCAUGAGGGCGAUAGCGGUCAUCUUGACUUGCUAUCUGGCUACGAUCCUCUCCAUACUGAUGCUGCCAACGAGGACCUUGAGGAUCAGAGUAGCUCUAAGCUAGGAGAAUCUUCGCCCAUGCUGCAUCAGCCGAAUCUUUUUCCAGAGUCGCAGCGGUUCUUGACAAAGACUCCUAUGACGGCAGUGAAGCGUGCCCAUUCUGAGGGUCUCGCCACUGUGUCUCCCACUGCUUCGCGGAAUCCCCUCGCGGCAGACAUCGGGUCAAGCGGUGGGAUAUUGGCAUUAAGUCAGGUAUUCAGGGCAACUCAGGCACCGUCGUCUCCUCUAGUGAACGGUCAACAUUCCGACCUCGUGUCAGACCGACCUUCUCCUAAUAUACCCAUCCAGAGCCAUCCAGUCGCGACAACGCUCUCCUCACCUUACAAUAAUUUCGCCGCAACCUUUCCACGGGACACGUCCGCCAACAAAUGGAACUACAUCAGCAUGCAGGAAUCCCAAGCCAACCGGGAUAAGGCAUUGCAUGAAAGAAUGACACGUUCUGCAAACCAUGUGUACUCGGACCAAAGCGACGGGGAAUUUGAUAAGGAGCCUAGUUUUGUUGAGCGGAUGAGGCGCCGGAAGAUGUUUAACCACGAGGCUGAUGCUCAGCUUGUGGAGCUCACAGCACCUGCGAGGCCAUCUAGUCGGCGUGGUAAUCAAGCGAACAUGAUCAUAAAUCCCGUAUCUGAAGUGCCGGAAGGGCCAGAUCUGACUGAUGGGUCUUCUGGAGAAGUCGAGGAGGUGAGAGAGCAGGGGUCUACCGGGCUGCAGCAUGGGGCGCUCAGCGAAGAAGAAACAGAACAAGAGCAAGAGGAUGACUUGGAACACCCCACGCCACGGCCUUACGAGCUCGAUGGUUCAGCUGAGGAGGAUAAAGAAAAUUGCCACGACCUUUCCACAACCAGUGCUGCUGCUGCGAGUGCGCAUGAUCGCCUAUCGCAAGCUCUUGCCUUGCAUGAAAGUCCAUGUCCAACCAAUGGGGAAGCGGUAAAUGAGCGAGAAAGGUCGCUUUCGCGCUCUGGAAGCUUUGUACAGGAUGAGCAAUUGCAUGAAGGCUACUCCUCACAGGUCUCAGUCAUUAAGGACUCUCAGCGCUCCGCUGGUCGGAGAGAUCCUGGUAAUCACGGCACAGAGGAGCAAUGGACCGCGCAGCGCAUACAUCAAUCCGGCUCUCAGGCUCAUAUGGAGCCUUUGUCUAAUGUAGACAGAGCAACUCCAUCGCCCACAAAGCAAGUCCGUAUACGUUCUUCUCCCCCUUCAGCGUCCCAGACCAGCCGACGAUCGCUCGAGCUAGGCCGCGCUCACUCCGUAAGCAGGACUGGAUCAGAGCUGGGCAGCCCAUCUCCCUCCCAGACUCCACGGGCCUCGUUGGCGCAAGAGCGUAACAUGAUUGAGUCAAGCAACUCAGCUGUGCAGGGGGUUGCGGAUACAGGCGAUGCACCAUCUACGUUUGAUCGUCCCGAGAAGUCCUCAUCCAUGCCCUCGCGCGUCGCCGAGACUCCCGUUGCUCCCAGGGCUUUUGCAGAAAUUAUACCAAUGACAAGCAUUCCUGAAACGAGUCCCAGCCGCCUUGGUCACCAAAGAUGGCCGAACGACCAUAAUACAACCGAUGCAGCCGAUCAGGAAGAUGAUGACUUGCCACCGGUGUACAUGGAUGCGCACGAACGAGGGUCUCGUUCUCAGCCGAUGGUUUCAGACAGCUCGUCGCCUAUGAAACCUUCUUCGUUCCAUAAUUCGAAGAUUCUCUCCAGCCCAAGUGGCAGACAACGCAGGGCACUGACGGAAAUCGCAGCCGAUGCUUCACCACAAAUGGGUGCUGGCUCCUUCAACCUCGACAUUAAUAUUCUGUCCGCCGAUGACCGGGAGUUCCGGUCUGCGGUUGCAAUGUCUCCUAUUCAGCCAAGGAAGAAGCGCCGCGGUAACGGUGGACAGAGUAUUUACGCUUCCGACCCAGUUUUCCCUGUCACACCUCGCGCGCCUACUCAUGUCGUGCCUCCUCCAGAGAAGAAUAUGCCACCUAUCACUGAGACGGAGCCGGAAAAGCCGGCUGAGCCGGCUACCAAGCCAAUGCCAGCCUAUCGGAGACGGGCGAAACCCUCUAGAAGAGCGGAAAGCAUAUGGGAUAUGGAUGAAUCUACACAGUAUCACCUCUCUCGUAAAGAGAGGUCUCGGAUUCUAGCUCGCUCUCAUCCGGUGAAACAGGUACCUACUGAGGUCGAACAGCAUGUUCCCAUCCAAGAAGAUCUGCCUGCCAUACACGAGGACCAGGCGGCCAGUUCAAUGCCUGAGCCAUCCAGUGAGCCAGUGGGGCCCCAGCCAACAGAGACAGCACCUGAGAAGGAUCCAGUCACGGAAUCUCCACCUCGAGUUCAAAAUCCAGCUCAGCCUUCAGUCGGUCACGAUAACGUACCUAUCGCGGUCAACCAAGUUCUUGCCCCUUGGAGUGGUCCAAAGCGCGCGUACUAUCCUGCAACGUGCUUUGGCAAGCCAUUUGGCACAUCGCAGUCGCGGUAUCUUGUCAAAUUCGAAGAUAGUGCACCGCUUGAGAUUCCUACUGGAGCGGUGAAACGACUUGAGCUGCGUAUCGGUGAUGGUGUGAAGGUGGACAUGCGCGAUGUUCCCAAGGUGACACAUAUUAUCUCUGGGUUUGCCGACAAGCUCAGUUUGAGUGAUAUCGAACAGGGAGCUGCGAACGGACUGAUUCCUAUGACCGAUGUGUAUGGAUAUUCAUCCGUUAUCCUGACACCGAAGCAGCGCAAGAGUCUCCCUGGCCCAGGGCUAGCAGUCACAGAAAACAGGAUUACUGUUCCUAUAUCCCGAAUCUACCUAGAUACCAUCCUUUGGAAUCAAUUGAAAGACCGGGCAUUCAGCUAUGAUUCCGAGCCUUCAUUUUCCCAGAACGGACCCCAAACGCCAGCCGACAGGCACUCCACGCCCAUGUCCCCUGGUGCUCGACUCUCGCGCAGCUUCCGUUUUUCCACUGGUCUAUUUGCUGGUAUGGUAUUUGCGGUAUCAUACGGAGACAACAACGAGGCCAAAUCACGUAUCACAAGGAUGAUAAUGGAGAAUGACGGCCGGAUUCUAGAGGACGGGUUCAACGAGUUGUUCGAACUCCCUCCCAGUGCACCAGUUGCUACACCUACCAAGUCUUCAGCUUCAGUCCCUAGUACCCAAAACGGCCAUCUCCGGCUGACCAGUGGUGCCGCAGACGUGGGCUUCGCCUGUCUAAUAGCCGAUAAACAUUCCCGUCGGUCGAAGUACAUGCAAGCCCUGGCUCUCAAUCUCCCCUGUCUCUCAGACCGCUGGAUCGAGGACUGCGUUGCCCGAGGACAAAUCCUCGAUUGGGAAAUAUAUCUCCUUCCAGCCGGGGAGUCCAUCUACCUUAACGGCGCAACCAAGUCCAGAUUUUUAACCCCAUACCCUGCCACAGAGGCCCGACUGUCCGAGACCAUUGCUGGACGGCCAAAUCUCCUGAACGGACAGUCAGUUCUUCUUGUCACGGGACGCAGUGGGCGAGCAGAUGAGGAGAAACGCAAGGCGUACCUCUUCUUGACAUACGCGUUGGGUGCUUCUCGUAUUGAGCGCGUGCCUGAUCUCAAGUCUGCGCGUGCGAUCCUGAGUGCGACGCAGACGGAUUGCACCAGCUGGAACUGGAUCUAUGUCGAUGAUGAUGAUCGAGCGUUUUCCGCCAAAGCCAUGGCACUAGGAAGUUCAUCGUCGACCGCCGGUUCGCGGAAGCGUAAGCGGUCGAAGCUGAUGGAAUCCGUUGACAGCAAUGAGCUAGGAGUGAACAGUAAUGUCAAGAUUGUCGGCAAUGAGUUUCUCUGUCAAAGCUUGAUCUUGGGAAAGUUGUUUGACCAGUAA